AUUUCGAAAUAUUAGACGCCACUGAUUCGAAGCUGAUUCGAAAUUCAAAAGCUGAUGAUCACGAUGAGUUAUGAGGGGGAUUUCGCAGUAUUAGAUACCGUUGAAAUUCAAAAGAUGAUGAUUAUAAUAGAUUUGGCGUCUUUCCAUGAAGAAAGUGGCAGUUAAAAAUGGCGGAGAGAAGCACACCACAUUUGUAAAGGAGAAACUAUGCAGAAGAAUUACCCAGGAAAAAAUAUCAUCCAGAUGUUUUCAGAAAUUUUUCACGACGUUCAUUACCAUCGUGGGAUUCUGAAUGAUAUCUACUUGAUGAAAGUCUUCACGAUAACUUUGCUGCUCCAGUGCAUCAUCGAUGAUAACGUUCUUCACAUCUAUCACGUGAGUCGCAUGCAUUUAUGUUCCUCCGGUCAUUCAAUCAUGUCGUAG